UAAAAUAAAAACUCGAGUUGCCUUUUUAACGAAGUAUCGGCCAUGGCGGCUUUUAGGCAAAGAGAGGAGUCUCUGAUUUUAGCCUUUUUGUGAAUUGCGGGCAACGCACCUCACAUUGCCUUCACCAAAUUGCACCUUCAAUUCUUCCUCAAUUUUCAAGCUUUACCCUUCUUCCAUAACGCUAAUCCAACCCUCUUCUCGUUUUGUAAGUUUCUUUAUUCUUUCUUUCGCCAUUGCUAUUGCGUCUUUUUCCAUUGUUUUCCCCCCUUCUUCUUAUUAGGGGUUUUGCUAGGGCUUCUUCAUGCGGUCUACCUUCAUAUCUUCAUUGUAAGCGGCAUUUACAUUUAAAUCUGUGCUAUUAAGAAAAUUCGAGCUUCACCUGCAUUUUGUUAAGUAGCACCCACCAUAAUUUAGGCUUCUGUUGCGACACGAAGAAGAUGAGGUUGUGAUCCUGAGUGUCAUGGGGAUAUAUGAUAUAUAAUUUGGAGAAUUGGGGCAGAAGAAAAAUAGAAAGGUGGAAAACCAUACACAAUGCCUAUGUUCCCUUUGAGCAUGAGCUCAGAAAGGGUGCAGGACAACAAUGAGAGGAGAAACACUAUGGUGUAUCUCAAUGUAUAUGAUCUCACGCCUGUGAACAAUUACCUUUAUGCCUUUGGUGUUGGAAUCUAUCACUCGGGUAUCGAAGUACAUGGCAUGGAAUAUGGCUUUGGUGCACAUGAUUACUCAACAAGUGGCGUAUUUGAGGUGGAACCUAGAAGCUGUCCCGGCUUCAUUUUCAGAAGAUCAGUGUUAUUAGGUACCACUGACAUGUCUCAGUUAGAAUUUCGCACUUUCAUUGAGCACUUAUCUUCAAAGUAUCAUGGAGACACUUACCAUCUGAUUGCCAAGAAUUGCAACCAUUUUACGGACGAAGUUUGCCAACAACUAACUGGAAAGCCUAUUCCCGCAUGGGUAAAUCGGCUGGCCCGUGUAGUUUCAGGUUCAUUCUGCAAUUGUCUUCUGCCAGAAAGCCUUCAGGUUGCUGCUGUUAGACAUCUUCCCGAACAUCUAGCAUGUUCCGAUGAUGAGAGAUCAGACUCUGAUUGGCUUUCAGGAUCUAGUGAUGAUGAUAACGACGAUGAUGAUGAUGAGCGUUCCAAUCGCCAGCUGCUAAACUCGCCAAAUGGUGAUAUCUCCUUGAUACAGGAAGCACCCAUGACUCUAGCUCGGGAUGCCCUACGAUAACCAAUAUUUGUUUCUUGUCUGAUUAUUGUUAUUCUUUCUUCCAUCUCUUAGCUUGUACCACUUCAGAUAUCCCAAAAGAAGUGUUUUGUAUUAUAUAAGCACGUUAGUCUGUCUGUUGUAUAUGUUAAUGAUGCCACGUUCCUUCAAAAUGUAAUGUAGAUUCUAUUGAACUACAAACAAACAAUUUAUCAGAUGUUCCAGUUAGGGCCUUGUAGGUUUGCCUUGUUUUUU